AUGUCAGUUGUUGAAGAAAAUGCUGAUGAUUCUCUUUACCCAAUUGCCGUUCUCAUCGACGAAUUGAGAAACGAAGAUGUAACACUUCGAUUGAACAGUAUCCGCAAAUUGUCAACAAUUGCUUUAGCUCUUGGAGUUGAACGAACUCGCAACGAACUCAUUCAAUUUUUGACUGACACAAUUUAUGAUGAAGACGAAGUUUUGCUAGUUUUGGCCGAACAACUCGGAAAUUUCACUCCAUUGGUUGGUGGACCCGAUCAUGUUCAUUGCCUUCUUCAACCACUCGAAAAUUUGGCAACUGUUGAAGAAACUGUUGUUCGUGACAAAGCUGUUGAAAGUCUUCGCAAAAUCGCCGACAAACACAGUUCGGCUUCUUUGGAAGAACACUUUGUACCAAUGUUGAAAAGAUUGGCAGCCGGUGAUUGGUUCACUUCAAGAACAUCAGCUUCAGGAUUGUUCUCUGUUGUUUAUCCACGUGUCAGUCCAGCUAUCAAGAAUGAUUUGAAAAAGUAUGUUAAUUUUAUUUUGAAAAGAUAUUUAUUUAUUUAAAAUAUAUUUUCAGCAUGUUCCGCACUUUGUGCCGCGAUGAUACUCCAAUGGUUCGCCGUGCUGCUGCUUCAAAACUUGGUGAAUUCGCAAAAGUUUUCGAAAAGAGUCAAGUUAUCGAUGGAUUGCACCAAAGUUUGGUUGAUUUACAUGUUGAUGAACAAGAUUCAGUUCGUCUUUUGACUGUCGAAGCAGCAAUUGCUUUUGGAACACUUUUGAGUCGUGAAGACAAAAAGAAGUUGGUUGAACCAAUUCUUAUCGAAUUAUUCGAUGAUAAAUCAUGGAGAGUUCGUUAUAUGGUUGCUGAAAAAUUGAUCGAAAUUCAAAAAGUUUUGGGAGAUGAUAUUGAAUUGAACACGCUUGUUGGAUUAUACACUAAUUUAUUGAAAGAUCCAGAAGCUGAAGUUAGAUGCGCUGCUACACAAAGACUUCAAGGUAGAUUUAUCUAGACUUUCUUUUUAAAAAAUAUAUAUCACAUUAAUUUUCAGAGUUCGCCACGAACUUGCCAGAAGAUAAACGUCAACCAAUUAUCACUUCACAACUUCUUUCCGUUGCAAAAGAAUUGGUUACCGAUGGAAAUCAAUUGGUCAAAUCUGAGCUCGCUGGAGUUAUCAUGGGUUUGGCUCCUUUGAUUGGAAAAGAACAAACUGUUAGCGAAUUGUUGCCAAUUUACAUGCAAUUGUUAAGUGACAGUACACCAGAAGUUCGUUUGAAUAUUAUUUCGAGUUUGGAUAAGGUGAAUGAAGUGAUCGGAGCAUCUCAAUUAUCGACUUCUUUGUUGCCAGCAAUUGUUGGAUUGGCUGAAGAUGGAAAAUGGAGAGUUAGAUUGGCUAUUGUUCAAUUUAUGCCACUUUUGGCUGCUCAAUUGGUUAGUUUUUUAAUGUUUUGGAAAAUGCAAUGCCAUUAUUAUUAUAGGGACAAGAAUUCUUUGACGAAAAACUCCUUCCACUUUGCCUCAACUGGUUGACUGACCAUGUUUAUUCAAUUCGUGAGGCUUCUACCUUGAUUAUGAAAGAAUUGACACAAAAGUUUGGAGGACAAUGGGCCAGCUCGAAUAUCAUUCCAAAAAUGCAAAAAUUAUUGAAAGAUACCAACUAUUUACAAAGAAUGACAUGUUUGUUCUGUUUGAAUACUUUAAGUGAGGCAAUGACACAAGAACAGAUUCUCAAAGAAAUUAUGCCAAUUGUAAAAGAGGUUUGUUGGAUUUAUUAUUGUUAAUUGAAAUUUUAAUAUUGAUUUUUUGCAGCUCGUUGAUGACGAUGUUCCAAAUGUUAGAUUCAAUGCCGCCAAGAGUUUGAAACGGAUUGGAAAACAAUUGACACCAAGGUAAGUUUUUCUUUCCAUUUGUGAUGAAUAUUUCAUAAAUGUAUUUUAUUUCAGUAACUUGACAAGUGAAGUGAAACCAUUAUUGGAGAAAUUGGGAAAAGAUAGCGAUUUUGAUGUUCGAUACUUUGCUGAAGAGGCCAGAAAUGGUCUCGGUUUGUAA